AAGGACCCAAUGCCCAACCCCAGGCCAGCCAAGCCCUCGGCCCCUUCUUUGGCCCUCAGCCCAUCCCCAGGUCCCUCGCCCAGCUGGAAAGCUGCACCAACCUCAGACCUGCUGGGGCCCAGGGGCCCAAGGGGAACCUUCCAGGGCCAGGAACUCCGAAGCAGGGCCCAGGCCUCCUCCUCAACCUCAAACCCCAUGCCACCAUUGCAGCUGCAGCUCCCCACAGUGCCCCUAAUCAUGGUGGCACCCUCCAGGACACGGUUGGGCCCCUCGCCCCACUUGCAGGCACUCCUCCAGGACAAGCCACACUUUAUGCAUCAGCUCUCAACAGUGGAUGCCCAUGCCCAGACACCCAUGCUGCAGGUGCACCCACUGGAUAGCCCAGCCAUGAUCAGCCUCCCACCACCAACCGCUGCCACUGGGGUCUUCUCCCUCAAGGCCCAGCCCGGUCUGCCACCCGGGAUCAACGUGGCCAGCCUGGAGUUGUCCAGGGAGCCAAUGUUGUGCACCUUCCCCAGCCCUGGUGCGCCCAGGAAGGACAGCACCCUUUCAGCUGCGUCCCAGGGCUCCUACCCCCUGCUGGCAAAUGGCGUCUCCAAGUGGCCCAGAUGUGAGAAGGUCUUCGAGGAGCAGGAGGACUUCCUCAAGCACUGCCAGGCGGACCAUCUCCUGGAUGAGAAGGGCAGGGCGCAGUGUCUCCUCCAGAGGGAGGUGGUACAGUCCCUGUCCUUACAACUGGUACUGGAGAAGGAGAAGCUCAGUGCUAUGCAGGCCCACCUGGCUGGGAAGAUGGCCCUGAACAAGGCUCCCUCUGCGGCAUCCUCCAACAAGGGCCCCUGCUGCAUUGCAGCGGCAGGUCCUGCAGGCGGUGCCCUCCCAGCCUGGCCUGGCCCCCAGGGGGCCCCCGACAGCCUGUUUGCAGUACGGAGGCACCUCUGGGGCAGCCACGGAAACAGCACAUUCCCAGAGUUCUUUCACAACAUGGACUACUUCAAGUUCCACAACAUGCGGCCCCCUUUCACCUACACCACCCUCAUCCACUGGGCCAUCCUGGAGGCUCCUGAGAAGCAGUGGACACUCAAUGAGAUCUACCACUGGUUCACAUGCAUGUUCGCCUUCCUCCGAAACCACCCUGCCACCUGGAAGAAUGCCAUCUGCCACAACCUGAGCCUACACAAGUGCUUCGUGCGGGUGGAGAGCGAGAAAGGGGCUGUGUGGACUGUGGAUGAGCUCGAGUUCCUCAAGAAGAGGAGCCAGAGGCCCAACAGGUACUCCAACCCCAUGCCUGGCCCCUGA